GGGAAACCGUUCCCUCCAAAUUGGGCGCGGCAUAUAACCGCCCACGACGGCACGACCCCUCCCUCCUCCCUCUUCCUCGCUCCCACGUUCUCCUCCCGGCAACGACACAACCACGCGCCCGCGUCCCUCCCUCCACAAACCACCACCCAAGAACAGCCACAGCGAUCGGAUCGCCUUGCGCGGGGCGGCAAGAUGAGGGAGAUCCUGCACAUCCAGGGCGGCCAGUGCGGCAACCAGAUCGGCGCCAAGUUCUGGGAGGUGAUCUGCGGUGAGCACGGCGUCGACGCCACGGGCCGCUACUCGGGCUCCUCCCCGCAGCAGCUCGAGCGGAUCAAUGUCUACUACAACGAGGCCGGGGGCGGCCGGUACGUGCCGCGUGCCGUCCUGAUGGACCUGGAGCCCGGGACAAUGGACUCGCUCCGCUCGGGCCCCAUCGGCGCCAUCUUCCGCCCCGACAACUUCGUCUACGGCCAGUCCGGCGCCGGGAACAACUGGGCCAAGGGACACUACACCGAGGGCGCCGAGCUCAUCGACGCCGUCCUCGACGUCGUGCGCAAGGAGGCCGAGAACUGCGACUGCCUCCAAGGAUUCCAAGUAUGCCACUCUCUGGGCGGCGGCACGGGUUCUGGCAUGGGCACGCUGCUCAUCUCCAAGAUCCGGGAGGAGUACCCGGACCGCAUGAUGCUCACAUUCUCCGUGUUCCCGUCGCCCAAGGUGUCCGACACCGUCGUGGAGCCCUACAACGCGACGCUGUCCGUGCACCAGCUCGUGGAGAACGCCGACGAGUGCAUGGUUCUCGACAACGAGGCCCUCUACGACAUCUGCUUCCGCACCCUGAAGCUCACCAACCCUUCCUUUGGUGACCUGAACCAUCUGAUCUCGGCGACGAUGAGCGGCGUGACGUGCUGCCUGCGGUUCCCGGGGCAGCUGAACUCGGACCUCCGGAAGCUGGCGGUGAACCUGAUCCCGUUUCCGCGCCUGCACUUCUUCAUGGUGGGGUUCGCGCCGCUGACGUCCCGCGGAUCGCAGCAGUACCGCGCGCUGACGGUGCCUGAGCUGACGCAGCAGAUGUGGGACGCCAAGAACAUGAUGUGCGCUGCGGACCCGCGGCACGGCCGCUACCUCACCGCCUCCGCCAUGUUCCGGGGCAAGAUGAGCACCAAGGAGGUGGACGAGCAGAUGAUCAACGUGCAGAACAAGAACUCGUCCUACUUCGUGGAGUGGAUCCCCAACAACGUCAAGUCCAGCGUCUGCGACAUCCCGCCCGUGGGGCUCACCAUGUCGUCCACGUUCGUCGGCAACUCCACGUCCAUCCAGGAGAUGUUCCGCCGGGUCAGCGAACAGUUCACUGCCAUGUUUCGGCGCAAGGCCUUCCUGCAUUGGUACACCGGCGAGGGCAUGGACGAGAUGGAGUUCACCGAGGCCGAGAGCAACAUGAACGACCUCGUCGCCGAGUACCAGCAGUACCAGGACGCCACCGCGGAGGAGUACGACGACGAGGAGGAGCUCGCAGGCGACGAGGAACACGCCUGAUCAAAUACCGAUCGGUCCAUCGACAAGGGCUUGAAGUUCUUCUACCAAUCGAGUCGCUAUACAUACCUAUGUAUUGCAUUUCUUCCCUCGUGUGUGUUACUGCAUCAUGUGUAUGUACUCGUGUGUUUGUUGUGGACUUGUGAUGGUCAUCGUUCUUCAGGUUCUGUGCGUUUGUUUCUACGCAUAUGCUGGGAUUGUUACUUUCUGCUCUGUAUA